AUGCUGUCCCGCCUGCUGAAGGAGCACCAGGCCAAGCAGAACGAACGCAAGGAGCUGCAGGAGAAGAGGAGGCGAGAGGCUAUCACUGCAGCGACCUGUCUGACGGAAGCUCUGGUGGAUCACCUCAAUGUGGGUGUGGCCCAGGCCUACAUGAACCAGCGGAAGCUGGACCAUGAGGUGAAGACCCUUCAGGUCCAGGCUGCCCAGUUCGCCAAGCAGACAGGCCAGUGGAUCGGGAUGGUGGAAAACUUCAACCAGGCACUCAAGGAGAUCGGGGAUGUGGAGAACUGGGCCCGGAGCAUUGAGAUGGACAUGCGCACCAUUGCCACGGCCCUGGAAUACGUCUACAAAGGACAGCUACAGUCGGCCCCGUCCUAA